GUUAACUUUGAGCAUGGAUAGGGAGGGGCAACCAACGCUGUGAGGGCUGACCCGUUUUGUUGCCCGGAGGGAAUAGAAAAUUGUAGGGGAGAUGUCUUAACUUUUUUUUUGUUUGGGAAAUGCACUGGCGGUGGAGAUUUUAAGGGAGGAAAAAAAAAUGCAAGUAAACGGUUGACCCAGCGCUGAACAGAGAGAGAGAAAGUUAAAAAAAAAGGCGGUGCAGAAGAAACGUUGGGAAUAUUUGAAGAGUUGUUCUCUCUCUCUCUCUCUCUCCCCUCUCAUCUUUCACCAUCACUCUGUCCCAACAUGUCCAGUCUGGGGUUUUGCAUAUACAGAGGAGAGCAACGCUAGAGAGAGAGAGAGGCAGCACUUUUGUGAGGUUUUCCAGGCGAGUGGUGCACAAUACAAGAUGCAAGGGGCCAGGGAGAGGAGGGUGCUGCUGCUCCUGACCUGCUGGUCAGUUUCCUCGUUGAUUUCCCUGCGCUUUCAGCCGGGAUCAGCGCAGCGGCCGGAGGACCACUGGACGCAGAUGAUCCGCUGGGAGAACAACGGGCGGGUCUACAGCCUCCUGCACAGCGGCUCCGAGUACCUCCCAGCCGGGCACCACCCAGCCCGCAGCAGCCCCAGGGUCUGGCUCGGCGGCGCCAGCAGGCAGCCGCAACGCCCCGCGGCCAAUCACGGGCGCCGCCAGGCUCCAGCGCAGACGGGCCGAGCGGCCUCGGAGACGGUGAGGGGUCAGACCAGGCAUCCUUUCGGCUUCGGGCAAGUGCCGGACAACUGGAGGCAAGGCCAGUUCGGGGACCCCAGCAACACCCACCGGUACGUGCCACCCGCCGCGAGGCAGGAGACCAGGUCCCGGCAGCAACAGCCCGGUGCCAGCCCCUUUGCGGAUACCCCUUACGCCCAGCCGCCUUACCAACGUUACCCGCUGGCCCACCAGCCAUCCUAUCCCAGCGCCUACGACCCUGGCUAUGAGCAAGGGUCGCCGAGAGGCUUCGAUGCCAUGGACGAAGGUGUGCCAUAUCGUCGGGUGCCCACCAGCCUACUCCCGGAGGGCAGGGGGUACGCCCUGAUGCCCAGGACGAGAUACGACGAGUACAGGGAGAACGCCUACCCGUACAGACCCCAGGGCCAGUACCCCAGCCAGGAGAGGUACCACGUUCCCCAGCAGCCCCCAGCCUUCGACGGGCUCGAUCGGCGAUACAUGCACAGCCUGUACGAUGAGAGCAGGGGGCAGCCCCUCCCGGCGGCAGACACUCAGCCCGCCCUCUCGCCGUCCAGCGUAAACCCCGGCUUUCAGUCCCCAGGCCCGUCCUCGGAUUUUGGCCACUUGGUGCCCAGGGUGAGCUCUGACGGAGCGGGCGCCGGAAUCUACCCGUUCAGCCGCAACGUGCCGGUGGACCCGUACGCCUCGUCCCGUUACAGUGAACCGAACGGUCCCACCAUCGGUUUGGACCAACACUCCCAGCGGCGAAUGGAUCCCAGUGGAGGGACCGAGCAGCUCAGACACCAUAUUCCUCUCCCACGUGUGGCCCUGGGGAGCGUGUAUCGACCAGACCAGAACGGCAGAGGUUUGCCUGACUUGGUACCGGAUCCCCACUACGUCCAAGCAUCCACGUACGUGCAGAGGUCUCACUUGUAUUCCCUACGAUGUGCAGCGGAAGAGAAGUGUUUGGCAAGCUCUGCGUACGCUUCUGACGUCACGGAUUACGACAUCCGAGUACUGCUGCGGUUCCCCCAGCGAGUGAAGAAUCAGGGGAUUGCUGACUUCCUCCCGAACAGACCUCGCCACUCCUGGGAGUGGCAUAGCUGCCACCAGCACUAUCACAGCAUGGAUGAGUUCAGUCACUAUGAUCUGCUGGAUGCAGCUACUGGAAGGAAAGUGGCUGAGGGACACAAAGCCAGUUUCUGCCUCGAGGAUACCACCUGUGAUUUUGGCCAUCUGAAGCGUUACGCCUGUACGGCGCACACUCAGGGUCUGAGUCCUGGUUGUUAUGAUACCUACAAUGCGGAUAUAGAUUGCCAAUGGAUUGAUAUCACAGACGUGCAGCCUGGGAAAUUCAUAUUGAAGCUUCAAGUGAACCCCAACUAUCUUAUACAAGAAUCGGAUUUCACAAACAACGUUAUCAGAUGCAACAUCCACUACACAGGGCGAUACGUAGCCACGACAAAUUGUAAAAUAACACAGUCGUGAUCUACAAGGUUUCAAUUUCAAACCACGACACUGUAUAUCCUGAGCAAACAUCUGGUGCGUGUGGAACUUGAUCGUGCAGCAGCUGUGAUGUUUGGUAGCCGUCACCGGGAGUUAACAGGACUUCAGUCAUAACCAAAGAAUCUGCCCGUGAAGCUACAGGAUAUUGAGCCGACAACUGCGAACAAUCCUUAACAUGGACUAGGCACCAGAUUAUUUCCAGUGAGGUUGUGUGGGCAUCUGAGAAAUGUUCUAUUAUAAUUCGCAACACUUGUAUGAAGUGAGCUUGACUUAUUAGCAAACGAACCACUGCAGUCACACUUUUAGCAGUGGCCUACUAUUCCAUUAUUCAGUGCAAUCAUGACAGAACUUCUACAUCAAUUCCACUUUCUCUCCCUAUCUCUUUAUUUUCUUAGUUUCUAAAAAUCUGUCAAGGUCAAUUUUGACUACACUCAACGACUGAACAUCCUCAGUUCUUCAGAGUAGAUUGUUCCAAAGAUUCAUAUCCAUCUGCAUGAAGACACUUUUCCUCAUCUCAUUCCUCAAUGGCUACCCUGUAUCGUUUUUUAAAAAAAUCAGUCACAGGAUGAGGGCAUCGUUGACUAGGCCAGCAUGUAUUGCUCAUCCCUAAUUGCCCUGAGGGGAUUUAAGAGUCAACCCCAUUGCUGUGGGUCUGGAGUCACAUGUAGGCCAGACCAUGUAAGGAUGGCAGUUUCCUUCCCUAAAAGAUAUUAAUGAACCAGAUGGGUUUUACGGAGAAUGGUUCCAUGAUCAUCAGAUCCUUAAUUCUAGAUCCUUAAUUGAAUUCAAAUUCCUCCAUCUGCCAUGGUGGGAUUUGAACCCAGGUCCCUCAGAACAUGAGCUGAGUUUCUUGGCCAUUGCCUCCCUUUUUGUGAUCAUAACAACCUAACAACUAGGAGCAGGAACAGGCAGUUCAGCUCCUUGGGAGCUUCUAUUCAAUACAAUCAUGGCUGAUGUCAUCUCGGCUUCAAUUCCACUUUCCUGCCCACCUUCCAUAUCCAUUCAACCCGUUCCUAGUUAAAAAUCCAUCUCCCCCUUAAAUGACCACUCCUGGUUCUAAAGUCUCCAGCACAAGGAGACAGUCUCUCCACAUCUGCACUCUAAAACUUUUGCAGACUUUUUUUAAAAUCUCUCAAUAAGAUCAUCUCUCAUUCUAAAACAUGAGAGAGUACAGGCUCAUUUUGCCUGGUAUGUGGCCUUACUUUUCAGUCUUGGUACUCUGUCCAUUGCAGGAGCUAGCUUUGAUGCCCUUGGAUUAUAGAAAAAAGCAAAUUAGUCAUUUCUAAGGAAAAGAUUAACCCUGCUUAUGUCUCCCAUCUAUUUGAGAACAGUCUAAAGGGUCCAAUGUCCUUCUCUUCCUGUGGUCCAGGAUCCUUCUUCACUGUCAUUAUUGUCCCUAUCUUUUCACAACUGCUGACUGACUUAGAGUCAUGGAGCUGCACAGCAUGGAAACAUACUCUCGGUCCAACUCGUUCCCGCCGACCAGGUGUCCUGAAUUAGUCUAGUCCCAUUUACUAGCACUUAGCUCAUGUUCCUCAAAACCCUUCCUAUUCAUAUAUCCAUCCAGAUGCCUUUUAAAUAUUAUAGUUGUACCAGCCCCCACCACUUCCU